CGCCUUUUUGACAGUUGAAAGUUUUCAAAGAGCCAAUCAAACAAAAGUUCUGUAUCUCUUUAAAUACACUAUGAUCGAAUUAGCAGUUCAAUUGAACCGGAGAAAAUCAGUACUCAAACGAAGAUAACGGAAUCACCAAAAAUGUCAAUGGAAAAGCUAUUAGAUUAUUUGGAACCAAAAACUUUCAACAAAAUUCCCUUUGGGGUAGUGGUUAUUUGGAGCGUGAUUGGUGUCAUCUUCCUUGGUAUAUUCGCCGACAUGGAAUACAACGAACCCAGGUUUGAUUUCAACUGUGGCGGAGCGAAAAGUGAAAACAUCAAAGCCGUCCAGGGAAAAUGUUACGAGAAAUACGCGAAGCAACAAAACAAACUCGGUGUUCCUGUUUAUGGCUUCGUAAUCACGAAUUUCGUCCUUAUUAUAUCUGCAUGUGUUAUCUACUCCCUAAUAGUAAGACCAACAGUCAAUCGACUGUCGCCAAGCAGUCGUGACGGUGAUUCAGAGGGACAGCCGUGCGACCAAGGGAACGCAUUAUCGACGGGAUAUAAGCUUUUUAUCGCUUACUGCUGUCAACUAUUCACUAGACUUGUUUUAGGAGUUCUUUUCAUCAUCCUACAAACUCAGUUACUUUAUCCUUUAAAGUUUUCCUCCAAGUUUGACUGUAAUUUAACCGAUGGAACCACUCAGCCAAGGAAUUCAACUGACAACGCCCAACACUCGACUUUAUACGAUUGUCACAAUCAACGAGCGGCAAAGAAAACCUCCUGGAUGGACGCUGUCCUUGUUGUGAAUGGAAUUCUUGUCGUUACCAUUCUGGUUGAAACCGUUUACCUUUUUUCACGGGCAUGCAUUGAAAGGAGUUUCAUGCAAGACUCAAUGUUUCUAAAAACCCACUUAAGUCUCAACCAACACCUAGAUGGAAGGAACGAAACUAUUCCACUCACUGAAAGAGACACUGAAGAACUCCAAGAACGAAAGUUUCAAGAAUUCAUCGAACGGACAAAGGAAAUAAUUGCUCAAGAGACCGAAGGACUUUUAGAACUCCAAUCACCUUUUUCAGGUAAUCCAGGCGAAAACACAACAGUUAAACAUUUGACUUUGGAUCAAAUUUACACAAAUCUUGUUGUGAUUCCGAACAGAGCUACGUAUGACUUUACUGAAAACAGAGAGGAACAGCUCAAAAUUUAUCCAAGGUCGCGCGGGAAAAAAUCACAUCCGGAACGCUUGGAAGACCUCCUAAAUGUUGAAAAUAAGAAAGUGUUAAUCGUCGGUCGAGCCGGAAUCGGCAAGACAUUAUGUUGUACCAAACUUGUCAGAGACUGGGCAUUUAAUAAAAUUUUUAAAGCGACAGCUGGAGCCAAAAUCCAUUUUGAUGCCGCUUUCUUCGUGAAAUUCAGAAGAUUCGAAUCGGCAAACGACCUUAGCCUCAAGGAACUGUUAAUUCAGUCCGAGUAUUUCCCAACAGAUCAUCUAGAUGACGAGGUCUGGAAUCACCUGCUUGAGAACCCUAAAGGUGUACUCAUACUUUUUGACGGAUUCGACGAAUUUAAACAUGACGCAAACGUGGUCGGGGCGCCUCUUUAUCCCAGAAGCAAUGAAGAGAAAAAGCCGCUCCAAAUCCUUUAUCAGUGGCUUGUGACCGGGAAACUCCUAGAAGAUGCCUCAAUUGUGACCACCACGAGACCUACGGCUUUGUCGAGCAUCAAACACCUUCCGUUUGACAAAAUUUACGAGGUUCUAGGAUUCUCAUCGGAACAAGUUGAAGAAUAUGUCUACAAAUUGGCCGGAGAUGAAAAGGCAGUGGGCGAAACACUAUGGCGACACAUCAGUAGCAACUUGAAUUUGCUCUCGCUGUGUUAUGUCCCGGUCAACAGCUUUAUCAUCUGCACAAGUCUGUUAGAAAUCAUGCGAAGACAAGAGUCCGAAAGUUCCGCUGACGUUACCCUCCCUUCCAAAUUAACAUUGAUAUACAAUAUUGCAGUGAAAGUGUUUUAUUUUAAACAUACAAUAGAAUUGUGCAAUAUUUUGUUUCCUCUCGAACAUGAUUUGCCCGAAGAUGUACUGGAGAAUUUCAAGAUACUAGGAAAAGUAGCCUUUGACGGAAUCAAAGAUGGAAAACUGAUCCUUGGAGGAAACGAGGUACAAGGAAUGGGAGACAGCGCUCUUUUUCACCGCUUACCCGACCGUAAAACUGACACGCUUAAUCUUGAACCACAAUUCUGUUUCAUUCAUCUGACAAUGCAAGAGUUUUUCGCCGCGAGACACCUGGCAAACAAUAUGAGUGAAACAGAAUUAAAAAACUUUGUUUCCGAGAACAUCAAGAACGGCAGAUGGCAGCUGGUUUUUCAGUUUCUAGCAGGAUUAAUGGAGAAUAAAACUGACCUACCAAGCGAAAUUAUCACGGACCUUCUUCCUGUGAAAACUGAAGAAAAAGAAAGCGCAGACUACAACGAACAGUGGACAGAGAAUGAAGAGAAAAGAAAAGUAACCUGCUGGCCGACUGAAGACGAACGAGAAUUAGCAGUAACAUUAAUUAAAUGUUUAAACGAAAAUAGCAGAAUGAAGUCAGAAGCACAGAGAAAACUUCAACAAAUGAACUUUAAUUGUGUAAAUUUUAUUCGUUGUCACCUCACAGCUGUUGAUUGCUCUUCGUUAGUAAAUGUAAUUAAUGUUCAACAAAUUUCACAUUUAGAUUUGAGUGAAAAUAACAUUGGUCCAUUAGGUUGUCUUGAGAUUUGUAAACUGUUAAAAUGUAGGGAAUCUCAACUGAGCUGGUUAAACCUCACAGGAAAUCAAUUGACAGAUGAAGCAGCAAAGUAUUUAGCUGAGGCCAUCAACAACAACAACUGUCAGCUACGCACGUUAAACCUCUCAGCAAAUAACAUCUCACACAUUGGAGCACAGCACUUGGCUGAAGCCAUCAACAACAACAACUGUCAGCUACACACGUUAAACCUCACAAGAAAUAACAUCUCACACAUUGGAGCACAGCACUUGGCUGAAGCCAUCAACAACAACAACUGUCAGCUACACACGUUAAACCUCACAGACAAUAACAUCUCAGACAUUGGAGCACAGCACUUGGCUGAAGCCAUCAACAACAACAACUGUCAGCUACACACGUUAAACCUCUCAGGAAAUAACAUCUCACACAUUGGAGCACAGCACUUGGCUGAAGCCAUCAACAACAACAACUGUCAGCUACACACGUUAAACCUCUCAUACAAUAACAUCUCAGACAUUGGAGCACAGCACUUGGCUGAAGCCAUCAACAACAACAACUGUCAGCUACACACGUUAAACCUCUCAGACAAUAACAUCUCAGACAUUGGAGCACAGCACUUGGCUGAAGCCAUCAACAACAACAACUGUCAGCUACACACGUUAAACCUCUCACACAAUAACAUCUCACACAUUGGAGCACAGCACUUGGCUGAAGCCAUCAAAAACAACAACAACUGUCAGCUUCACACGUUAAACCUCUCAUACAAUAACAUCUCACACAUUGGAGCACAGCAGUUGGCUGAAGCUAUCAACAACAACAACUGUCAGCUACACACAUCAAACCUCUAAUUCAAUUUAAACAUCUCAAAAGCAGGUAAGCAAAAGGCACGUAAUUUACUAAGCAAUAGUCAGUCUAAAUGUAAGCUAAUUCUUUAGGCCUCAGCAAUUCUAAUUAAAAACUGAAAAGAAAUUAUUUGAACCACUUACUAUUCAAAAUAUCAGUGAGGUAACCAGCUCAGUGACAAUUUCAACCCAAUGACUCAAAACAUGAAUAAAAGCAAAGCAAAUCUGUAAAGUGCUCAGAGCAGCGAGAUUAUUUGAACCGGAUCGAAAUGAAGAAAAAUGAACCAAUGAACAUGUUUAUUGAGAACAAAGGAUGUCAAACUUUUUUUAUAAACGAACCAAUAACAUUGAAGUAAAAACACAAAGCUUCCUGCAGAGAAAACAAACAAACCUCGGACCUCUCAGGAAACUUUGUCAUUUUGUGAUUGGUCAGUUUCGAUCCUAAAUUCUCUCCAUGCUCUUGUAAGUUUUGUUCGCUGGAAGUGUUUUGGGAGAUUUUAAAGGCAUCAGAUGAAUGUAAACACCACAGAUUGCUUACCAAGUUUUUUUUAUUUCUCGUGUUUUCUGCAUUGUUUUCCGAUUGAAGCGAACCGGUUCAAGUAGUUUCACACUUCCAACAAAAUAUCGAAAAAAGAAUUGUAACCAAAUUGUAAAUCAAAUCAUCACGCUUUCAAAGAGAGAAGGCCUUUUUGUAGGUUAUAGCUGUAAGAUUUAUAUCACAUUCAAAUAAUUUUUUUCCGGAAGGUUUCAGCUUUUUUUGUAAAUAUUAAUGUAAUUUUUGUACCUAUUCGUUGGCUGUUACUUGUCAGAGUUGCAGUUCAAAAUAUAAAGAUGAAGUAUCAGACUUGAACAGUAAAGAUUUUAACUUACUAGUCAUUGUUAAUGGAGCCAGACCUCCCUAAUUUGUCAUUGAAGAAUAAAUUUUGUAGAAUGAUUUCAA